AUGCGCGCUCACGUUGUGGCGCUCUUGGUAGCGCUCAACGUUGCAUUUGCGAACGCACAAGACCUGACAACAAACAUCAAGGCACCCAUCACCAUCCCCUUUGACAGAUCCCUGCGGCCCCAGACCACCUACCUGGUGUUUGACAACCUGAACAACUAUGGGCCCAUUGACAUCCGCGUGGCAGACAACUACACAGGCAACCAGCCCUCUCAGAUCCAUUUGUCCCUUGCCGGCCCCAACUCCUACUGGGUGAUGUGGGCUACAGGCCAGAGCAAGAUUGGCACGGGCUACCUGCAGCCCAACAACCCUAACAGCGUGGCAUCCAUCGUGCAGUACGGCUUAAGCAAAGACAAGCUGGAAUUCAUUGCCUCUGGCAAUGCUGAGGUGUAUGACCAGAUCUACAUCAACUUUGACCCCAACAGGGCCGGACUGGCCUCCACGCCCAAUGCCACAAACUACACCUCCCCCAUCCUGCACUCAACGCAGCUGCGCGACCUCGUGCCUGGGAAGAAUUACUACUACCGCGUCGGUGACGGUGUCACCUUCAGCCAGAUCUACAACUUCACCUGCGUGCCAGCCAAGGGUGCCACGUUCCCCCAGAGGCUGCUGCUGGUGGCUGACUGGGGCCUCUCCCUAAACAGCACGACCACGCUGUACCACCUGCAGCGGUCACUGGAGCAGUCGCCUUCCGCCACAGCGCUGCUCAACAUCGGCGACCUCUCCUACGCUGAUGACAGGGAUACGAAUGGCAAGUACUUUCAGAGCGCAGACGGCGUUUGGAUCUACAAUGGCAACGAGGGGUUCACAUCCAAGACCUUCCAGCCGGUCUGGGAUGCAUGGCUGCGCCUCAUCGAGCCCCUAGUUGCCACUGUGCCCAUGAUGGCAACCAUUGGCAACCACGAGAUCGAGCAGCAGAAUGGUGUGCUGACUAACUUCCUGGUCUCCUAUGAGUCCCGCUUCAAGAAUGCUGCUCGUUCCAGCAGCUCCCGGAGCUUCCAAUACUACUCGGUGGACGUGGGCCCAGUGCACAACAUCUUCCUGUCCUCAUAUGCUGACUACACCGUGGGUUCUGCCCAGUACAACUGGCUCCUCAACGACCUGCGCAGCAUCGACCGCACCAAGACCCCCUGGGUGACUGCGAGCACACACCACCCCUGGUACACGACCGACACGUCCUUCAAGGAGUUUGAGCAGAUGCGGCUUUCCAUGGAGCCCCUGCUGUACCAGUUCGGAGUGGAUGUCUUCUUCAACGGUCAUGUGCACUCCUAUGAGAGGAUAAAUCCGGUGUAUGACUACAAGCUGAACAAGUGUGGUCUGGUGCACAUCACCAUCGGCGAUGGCGGCAACCAGGAGGGCCUCUCCGGCCUCAACUACCUCGCCAGCUCCAACGGCGCAGACCCCCUGGCCCACCUGUACCAGGACACGCUCAACGGCUGCCCCACCCGCUCGACUAACCCGGCGGUCAACGACGCGGCGCGCAUCAACUCCACCAACCCCCGCGCAUUCCGCCCCACCGGCAUGACUCCCCUGGACGGCAACUCCAACCGCAAUCUCCCCCUCAACUCGACUUUCGACCCCUGGUACUACUACCAGCUGUCGCCCACCUAUCAGGGCACUGGCAACUCGACGGGUGCGACGGCGCAGCAGCGGGCGGCGAACCCGCGCGGUUACUGCUGGGCGGAGCAGCCCCCGUGGAGCGCCUACCGCGAGUCAUCCUUCGGCCACGGCACUCUGGAUGUCCUCAACGCCACCCACGCCCUCUGGCACUGGCUGCGCAACCAGGACGGCCAGGAUGGGGCUCAGGCGGUGGUGACAGACCCCAUCUACAUAUUCCGCGACCCCUCCUGCACCAACAAGCAGGGCGUGCUGCAGCCGCCUGUGGUUGAGCCACCGGUCACAAAGGCGCCCGGCAAGCUGCAGAGGAUCAUUGGGGACCUGGUGGGCCUGAGGAAGGACUCGCUCGGCUUCCAGCAGCUUCAGGCGGCGGACCCUUUCGAGGCUGUGCUCCCCGUGCAAGCAGAGCAGGGCUCUGAGGGCGCCCCCCUGUCUGCCUUGACAGACUCAACCCCAGCCGUCCCUAGCACCGGACCCUUCAACACCUACAACCCUGCUGACCAGGGGCAGGACAUCAAAGAGAACCGCGCGCAUUGA